AGACAGAUGACUGACACCAUGCUAGGAACAUAAUUUACACUCAGAUGUUUAUAUAACAUUGCUUCCAAAUCAGUUUCUCUAGAACUCUAAAAGCCUCCUUCCCCAGAGACACACGCACAGUACCGUUCAGCAUACGCCAUGAAUGACAAAGUUACUCGAUCGUACACAGAUUUUAUGCAGCUACAGGGAAUGGAGAAACACGAGAACUCUCCGAAGGCUACGCGAAAAGGGACGUCUUUGGCCGGGCCGACGACGACCAAGUGCACGUCUGUCCGGCUUUUUUUCCUACCCUUCCCAACAGUACAGGACAUGCCACGGCAUAUAUCUUCUCUCACGCUACACUAUACAGAUUGUUGCGUCCGGGAGUUAUUCGCGAUUGCGGCGCGACACAGGUUCCGCGGUUCAUGUGAAUAGGUUCAAAGGAGCAGCAUGACAAGGUGCCACUCGAGAUCACGUUAGGUACGUUGCGAAAGACUGCACUACUGUCGAUGACAGCAAAUAUAGACAAGCCGUUGUGAACGCAUAGAGCAGUCUGAAGAACCGCAA